CUUUAGAUAAGAUUGAUUGUAGAGAGAAAUGCAGGGUUUUUUUUACUUAGUUUGUUUCUUUUGCUUUUUAAAGAAACAUAGCAUAAAAUUUCAUUUUAUCUUGGGAUGCUUGUCCAAAAAUUGCUGAAAGCUCAAGAGGAACUAAAAGCAGGCUUUGUUUCACAGCUAAAUUAAGAUAUCACGUUACUUCAGACUUUUCUUCUUGUUUGUGUUUACUGUGCCUCGGCAAAGGUGCCCAAGCCAGUUCUGCAGUCAAAUCUGGAAUUUCCUGCAGUCGGGGCGGAAAGGCAAUUCGAAUAUCUUUUUGCUACCUUGAAGAUUUUAAUUUAGUCUCUUUCUCUAAUCAAAAGUAAAACCACACGCUAAGAAGUGAGAGCUUGUGUCUGUGCAAGUGGACGGUGUCACUGUGCCACCUCUCUGCCGGAGUGUCUGGAGAGAGGCGUGCCCUGAACUACGUCUCCCAGCAGCCCGCGCUGGCCGACUGGAGGAAGUGGUCACGGUGGUUCCUCCUGGACUUUGGGCAGAGAUUUUAAGCCUGAGAGGUGACGCUCUUCUGACGGUGCUGUCUCAGGCAGUUUCGCGCGACCCGUGUCUCACCCCAAAAAAGGUCCACUGGGAUGGCGGUGCAGGUGAUGGUCCUGCCUUCCCCCAAGUGUCUGUUCGAUGACCCUGUGCAGAUCCGUGUGGUGGGUCUCCAGCCGCAGCAGGCGGUCACCCUUCGAGCCAGCCUGGUGGAUGAGAGCGGGGAGCUUUUCCAAGCCCACGCUCACUACAGAGCUGGGAGCAGCGGAGAGCUCGACCUCAGCUGCUCCCCAGCCCUGGGGGGCAGCUACUUGGGAGUGGAGCCGAUGGGACUGCUGUGGUCUCUGCAGUCUAAAACGCCCUAUAAGCGGCUAGCAAAGAGGAAUGUCCUGACCCCUUUCUGUGUGAACUUGGAAGUGUAUGAGGGCCAUGGGGAUAUGAGCCGCUUGCUGGGAAAAUGCACCAACGAACGAUGGUUUUUAGGAGAGGGGGUGAAGAGGAUUUCAGUCAGAGAAGGUCGUCUGAAAGCAACCCUCUUCCUCCCUCCUGGACCUGGUCCGUUCCCUGGACUUAUUGAUUUGUAUGGAUCUGGAGGAGGUCUUGUUGAAUACAGAGCAAGUCUCCUGGCUAGCAGAGGCUUUGUGACCCUGGCUGUUGCUUACAUGGCCUUUGAAGAUAUCCCUACUACUCCAGAGGUUCUUGAACUGGACUAUUUUGAGGAAGCUGUGAACUUUUUGCGGAAGCAGCAGCAGGUGAAAGAUACUGGGAUUGGUGUUUUGGGCUUGUCUAAAGGAGCUGAUCUAGCCCUUUCCAUGGCCACAUUUCUACCUGGCAUCAAGGCAGCUGUCAGCAUAUCUGGAAGUUGUUUUAACUCCUUCAUUCCACUGAAGGGGAAUGGCUUCACUAUUCCUCCCCACCCAUAUAAUCUGGAGAGGAUGAAAAUCAGUGAUGACUCUGGCCUAGUAGAUUUUUCAGAUGUCUUAGAUGAUCACAGGGACCCAGCAACUUGGGAUUGUCGUAUUCCAGUGGAGAGGUCCUUAGCCAAGUUCCUGUUCUUGUCUGGACUGGAUGACACAAACUGGAAAAGUGACCUGUACUGCCAGGAUGCUGUUCAGCGCCUUCAGCACUUCGGACGGGAAGUGGAGUUUUACUCCUACUCUGGAGCAGGGCACCUCUUGGAACCACCAUACUUGCCUCUGUGCCGGGCUUCAAUCCACAGAGUGCUUGGGAUGUUUGUGUGUUGGGGAGGGCAGUGGAGGGAGCAUGCUAAAGCCCAAGAAGAUGCAUGGCGCAGGAUACAGGCCUUUUUCUGGCAGCAUUUGAUGGACUCAGACAUCCCUAAGAGCAAGCUAUAGUGGAAGUUGUCAAAGAUGCUGACCAGGAUUGAUAUUUCAGUACUCACUAAAUCUUGGAAACUCAUCAAAAGUUUCCUGGACUGCCUUUCUCUAAACCCCACUGUUGCAUCACUGUUUAUUUUCUUUCUCCUAGUAGUAUUCCAUUUUUUAGUUGAAUUUUGGCUGACUUCUGGCCACAGCUUCACUGUAUCUUGCACCGUCUGGUUUGCCUGUGUGCUGCAGUCUGACCUAGCAUCCCAUCAUGUAGAUUGCAUUUUUAAUGAGCAAUUUUUACCCUCAAUCUCCAACCAUCUCCUUCCAUAAGAGGGCAUACUCUCACAGGAGGAGUUUUCCACUGAAUUGUUUAGGAAUAUUAUUUAUGUAGGAAACUACCAUUAAAAAUAAGAAUACUUUCCAUCAGCAAAUCAACAAUGAGGUCAUUGACGCUUUCAUACAGUUGUUAUAUUGUCACAUUCAGCAAUCGGGUUCACGUAAAACCGUGUUGAAACUAGAGGAUGAAGGGAGCUCACUGGUGACUCCAUCGACAGUGAUAGCACAUGGGACUUCUUUGGUUUUUUGCUCUGGAAUGAAAGCUUUGCUACCCAGUUAAAAGCCCUUUGUCAUUUGGAUGGCAACUGGCAAGAAAGACUGAAAAAGCUGAUUUAGCUGAGCAGCUCUGUGCACAUAACAGAAAAUAUUCCAGCCAAUUCACUUUCACUGGGAAUAUUUUUAAAAUGAAACUCAAAUUUGAAACUUGUCUUCAGGAAACAGAAACUAGAUGCAGACUAAUAUAAAAUAACUGGAAAUGUCUUAAUUUCAGUAAAAUGCUUCUGUCUGUUCUUGA